AUGCGAGAGCCUUAUUUCAUCGUUGCAGAGGAAGUUCUCUUCUUUUUCUUUUUCAAAGCGGGGACGAAUCCGAUCGAGUUUUCGCCAGACAAUGUCUACCGAAUGCAAAGAGAAGGAAACAGCUGGAGCGAGCCGGAAGCGAUCGUCGAGCCCGGAGAAGUGAUGUGGCAAUUUUCAGAAGAAAACGGGACGCACUUUGUUUCGAGCUAUUUCGGCGAGCACUACACGGCUAAUCUGGGAAGCAUUGUUCUUCAUUUCAACAAAUCAGCUGACGGAAUUAGUUGGGAGCCUGCAGAUGAACAGAAUAUUAUUUCGUACUCUGGGGGCAUUUCUGAGGUCGGCUUUGCUUUUGAUCUGGGCAUUUGGUUAUAA